UGUCUACCCCACCCCAUUCAAAUUAUUAAUUAAUAAUAAAUAAUAAAAAAAGAAAGAAAGAAGAAGAAGCAGCACAACCCAAAGCAGCACCCUUCUUCCCUCCAAUAUUCAACGUCUGAUUAGGAAAUUAUCUUAAUGGAUUGCUACUCUUCAAUUUUAAUAUGAACAUUCUCUCUCUCUCUCUCUCUCUCUCUCCAUUGAAGCACCUGGAUGUGAACUGCACCAGAGGUUGAACUAAUUAAGCUCAUCUCAGAACAGUUUGUUUCUCAAAUAGAGAUUGUUUGCGUGUUAUAAGUUAUCUCAUGUGAGAUCAUGGACGAAAGAGGUGAUCUUUGCAAGCAGAAUUUCCCAUUUCAGCUGUUGCAGAGGAAGGAAGUAGAAGAAGAAGGAGGAGGGUGGUCAAGCGCCGGCUACCCAUCACAACCCCUCGCCAUCCAGCACCCUCAGAAGAGAACAUCCACCAAGGACCGCCACACCAAGGUGGAAGGCCGCGGCCGCCGCAUCCGCAUGCCGGCGCUUUGCGCCGCUAGGGUCUUCCAGCUGACCCGCGAGUUGGGCCACAAGUCCGACGGCGAAACCAUCCAGUGGCUGCUCCAACAGGCCGAACCCGCCGUCUUCGCUGCCACCGGCACCGGCACCAUCCCCGCCAACGUCACUUCCCUCAACAUCUCGCUCCGCAGCUCCGGCUCCACCAUCUCCGUCCCCUCCCAGCUUCGUUCCAUCCACUUAGAUCCCAACUCACAACGCCGCGCUCCGCUGGAGUUUGGUGAAGCUGAGGAGAAUGCAGGGAGAAAACUUUUGGCGGCGGAGCAAGAGUCGUCGACGCAGCACCAAAUGGCUGGCUAUUUUUUGCAGUCGAGCGCCGGAGCUGUGGCUGCAACUGCAAGUCACCCUUCUACGCCGGCGAAUUUCUGGAUGGCCGCUAAUUCCAAUAGCCAAAUGCUGAGUGGCAGUGUCGAUCCUAUAUGGGCAUUCCCUCCGUCGAGCGACACCACUGGUUUAUACAGAGCCCCUACUUCCAGCAUCAGCGGCCUACAUUUCAUGCACUUUCCGACCCCAAUGACCCACCAAUUAGACUCCGCCGGAGCCGGCCCUGGCGUAACCGAGGGGUACGUGGACAUGCUCGCCGGCUUAAACUCGUUUCGUGCGAGUGGCGGCGGCGCUUGAAAUCUCACUUAAUUAAUUAGUGAGAUAGGCGACGACCGGCCGGCAUGAUCCAUGCUGUAGUCGGCGGUCAUAAUCAUGAUGGAUCUCCAGAACGCCUAGUAGUUUCAAUAUUUGUAACAUGCACACUGAGAAAGAUUGAGCUUUUUGAGAAUUUAAUUUUCUCUGCAACAUAACAUAAGAUUGGUAUCUUUCUUUUAGGGUUUGCAAGAAGAAAUUCUAUUUUCAGCCACCCAUUUUGCUCUUUGUACCCAUCUU